CUUAAUACUUAACGAGCGAGAGUACUACUGUGGACGUUUUUAGGCACACCUACUUUAAACAGAAUAAGAAGUUGGCACAUGCUGGUCAGCUGCUCUCAGAUUAAUUUCUUACUUCUUGCUGGAAGACAGCUCAGACAGUGAAAUGAUUUGGUUAGAUAUACUUUGUCACCCGGUCUGGGCUAUUUCCACGGCGCUGCUGGCCAUCGUUGUGCGCAUACAGAGGAAAGGAUGCUGGGAUCCGCAAGCCUGCACCGUGCGGCUGAAAGGGAAGACUGCCAUAGUGACAGGAGCCAAUACAGGGAUCGGAAAGUUCAUUGCCCUGGACUUUGCACGUCGAGGGGCCCGUGUUAUCCUGGCCUGUCGAAGCGAGGCCCGGGGGACAGCAGCACUUAAAGAAAUCAAGGAGAAAACAGGAAACUCUGAUGUCCACCUGCGUCUGGUGGACGUGUCAUCUCUGGACUCUGUCAGGGAAUUUGCUAAGGGGAUUCUUGAGGAAGAGAAAGCUCUCCACAUCCUCGUCAACAAUGCCGGAGUAUCAGGUUUACCCAGACAGAUUACAAAAGAUGGGUUGGAAGUUUCUUUUGCCACCAACCACCUGGGACCAUUUCUUCUCACCAAGCUGUUGCUGGACCUGAUUAAGCGUUCAGCUCCAGCGCGUAUUGUCACCCUCAGCUCAGUCAACCAUAAGAAAGGUCGAGUGGACUUCUCUCAUUUUCAUGGCGAGAACCUCACUUAUUACAUGGACACAGUCUACAACCACACUAAGCUGCACAAUAUCAUCUGUACCAAUGAGCUAGCACGCAGGCUACAAGGGACAGGUGUCACCGCAAACUCUGUCCACCCUGGUAUUGUCAUGACAGAAGUGUUGAGACACUAUCCAUUUAUGAUUCGUUGGGUUUUCAACCUCAUUGGAUUUUUCUUUUUCAAGUCUCCAGAAGAGGGUGCAGUCAGCUCAAUCUAUUGUGCAGUAGCAGAAGAAAUGGAGGGGAUAACUGGGAAGUAUUUUGACAGCGACUGCUCCCUGGUUCUCCCCGCCCCUUUAGCUCGAGACACUGCCCUGGCGGUCAAGGACUUUGAGAUCAGCGAGAGACUGACAUCAAAGCUCUGAAACAACUAUCAGGCAAAUGGAGGCUUGAUAACAGAAAAUGGGGUCAAAUUCCACCCUCUUACUGCACUUCUUGAGUGAACAAUUCUGACAUAAUGUGUCUUUAAAAUCAUCAGGGGAUGUUUCUGAAUACUUUUUUGUAGGUAAUUUGAAAGGACAUGAACUGACGUGUUUUUUAAGGAUGCACAAAUGAAGCAUGUAUAUGAAUAUAAUAUAUAAUAUACUAUAAAAAUUUUCCUUGCAUUGGCAUUAAUGACAGGCCAAAUAUGGUUAAUCGCCUUAAUACUAAAAAGUAAUUUUCAUGUCAGCAUUGAUGUUGUCUGAGUUUUUGUCAUUCAUGAAAAUGGUGAAUGGUGUUCUCUUCUUUAUAAGAACUGUGACUGUGACUUUAAUUCAGGUAUGUGAAUGAGUGAAAUGAAAGAGUUUCCUGAGAGAGAUGCUGACACCAUGUGGCCAAUUCAAGCUGAGAUGCUUCUUCAGAAAUGACAACAGAAACUCCAAUACGUGACACAAUCACUUCCCUUUAUUGACUGAUUCAUUAAAACAUAAUAAAACAUUUGAGCAUUCA